GCUCUCCGUCAUUUGCUAAGAGGUUGGUGGAAUCCCUGGUCAGUGGUUUGAGACAAAGUCAGUCUCCGCAUCCGGUCCACCUACGUCAAGAUCCACCGCAUGUGAAUCUCGAAGCACCAAGAGGGCGUGCAUGAUUGACCUGGAAAAUGGAGGGGACGACUUGUUCAGACUUGGACUGGUCUUAAGAUGCCAUUCCUUCUCUUCCGAUAGUUUCCGAGAGGGGAAAAAGAUCUGAGGAGGAACAAGGCAGAGAUGGCGAAAGGCAUAUUGGAGGUGCAGCUGAUCGAUGCCAAGGGGCUGAAGGACACCGAUCUAAUAGGCAAGAUCGACCCGUACGUGGUGAUUCAAUACAGAGGCCAAGAGCGCAAGAGCAAAACUGCGCGAGAUUCUGGUGGUGCAGGCCAGGGAAGUAAUCCAUCUUGGAACGAGACGUUCAAGUUCUUGGUCAACUCGGCGGCCGCAGGCAAUCAUCAGCAGCACAAGAUCACCAUGAGGGUCAUGGACCAUGAUACGUUCACAUCUGAUGAUUUCCUCGGUGAGAGCACGAUCCAUGUUGGAGACCUGAUUACUCAGGGCAUGGAGAAUGGAACCGGAGAGCUGCGCCCCACCAAGUACAGUGUGGUUCUUUCUGACCGAAGCUAUUGCGGAGAGAUCCGUGUUGGUGUUACUUUUACCGCGAAGAUGGAAGAAGAGAACACAGAAGAGUUUGGUGGAUGGAGCCACAGCUUUCAUGCCUAGGUUGGCUCACUUCUCAUCAUUCAGUCAUUGGAUUGCCGUGUAUCCAUCAAAACCUCAAAAAGCAAUGCUUUUGUUUGUGAUUUUGUAAAGUGUGAUGGUUUUGUGGUCAAUGAGUUGAUGUAAUCGACAUUAAUGUGCUUCGCAUUUCUCUAAACAAGUUUACUACUUUGCCAGUAGACCAUCUUGACUGGUUUCUUAAUCUGCAGCGUUAGGUCAUGAAGUUCCAACCAUCCGAGAACAUCAAUAAUUACAUGUAUCUUUUUUUUU